UCCGCCUCCGGACGCCUCUUUGCUCCCUUCAGUCCCGCCCCUCAUAUACCUGCGCAAGGUCGUGUCCCGGAAGUGAAGGGGCCAUGUUAGUGGGUGACCCCGGGAGAAGUACCGGGCGAGAGGCGAGUCCUGCGGAGUGGUAGCGCGCGCGGUCAGCGGGGUGACGCCCAGCCCCUGCCAGUCCCAUGGCCCCGUGGAGCCGAGCGGCGGUGCUAAGUCUCUACCGGACUUUGCUGCGCCAGGGCCGACAGCUUCGCUACACUGAUCGAGACUUCUACUUUGCCUCUAUCCGCCAGGAGUUCCGGAAGAAUCAGAAGCUAGAGGAUCCGGCGGCCCGGGAGAGGCAGCUGGAGAAGGGCCUGUUCUUCCUUCACAGCAAACUGGGGGGGAUUAUUUAGGAUCCUCUUCUUUCCCCUCCUACACCAGUUCCAAGGAAAAGAGGACAGAGGUGCCUUCUGUGGACUCUCCAGCUCCUUGCCACCCCCGUGUGGCAGAUGCAUUAACAGGCCUCAGGUGAGCAAUGGCAGGCGCUGGUGAGCGCAAAGGCAAGAAGGAGGACAACGGCAUCGGCACAGCCAUCGAUUUUGUGCUCUCCAAUGCCCGGCUGGUGCUGGGGGUGGGGGGAGCAGCCAUGCUGGGCAUCGCCACGCUGGCGGUUAAGCGGAUGUACGACCGGGCAAUCAGUGCCCCCACCAGCCCCACCCGCCUGAGCCAUGCCGGGAAAAGGAGCUGGGAAGAGCCAAACUGGAUGGGCUCCCCCCGACUGCUGAACAGGGACAUGAAGACAGGCCUGAGCCGGUCCCUGCAGACCCUUCCCACGGACUCCUCGGCCUUUGCCACAGAUACAUUCUGCCUACCCCGGCCCAAGGCAUUGGCCAAGAAGGGCCAGGUAGACUUGAAGAAGUCACGGCUCCGCAUGUCCCUGCAGGAGAAACUUCUUACUUACUACCGGAACCGUGCAGCCAUCCCUGCUGGUGAGCAGGCUCGGGCCAAGCAAGCCGCCGUGGACAUAUGUGCUGAGCUCCGGGGCUUUCUGCGGGCCAAGUUGCCUGACAUGCCUCUUCGGGACAUGUACCUGAGUGGCAGCCUCUACGAUGACCUGCAGGUGGUGACAGCCGACCAUAUCCAGCUCAUUGUGCCCCUUGUCCUGGAGCAGAACCUGUGGUCAUGUAUCCCUGGUGAGGACACCAUCAUGAACGUCCCUGGCUUCUUCCUGGUUCGUCGUGAGAACCCAGAAUACUUUCCUCGUGGUAGCAGUUACUGGGACCGCUGUGUAGUAGGGGGCUAUCUCUCCCCAAAGACAGUGGCAGAGACAUUUGAGAAGGUAGUGGCUGGCUCCAUCAACUGGCCAGCCAUAGGGUCCCUCUUGGACUACGUGAUCCGACCAGCCCCACCCCCAGAGGCUCUGACACUAGAAGUACAGUAUGAGCGGGACAAACAUCUUGUCAUUGAUUUCCUGCCAUCAGUGACCCUUGGUGACACUGUCUUGGUGGCCAGACCACACCGACUAGCCCAGUAUGACAACCUGUGGCGGCUGAGCCUGCGUCCUGCUGAGACAGCCCGCCUACGGGCUCUGGACCAGGCUGACUCGGGCUGCCGCUCUCUGUGCCUCAAGAUCCUCAAGGCCAUAUGCAAGUCCACUCCUGCCCUGGGCCACCUCACUGCCAGCCAGCUGACCAACGUCAUCCUCCACCUGGCCCAGGAGGAGGCUGACUGGUCUCAGGAUGUGCUGGCUGACCGUUUCCUGCAGGCCCUGAGGGCGCUCAUCACCUACUUAGAGGCGGGGGUCCUGCCCAGUGCUCUAAACCCCAAGGUGAACUUAUUUGCAGAGCUCACCCCUGAAGAAAUAGACGAAUUGGGAUACACUCUAUAUUGCUCAUUGUCUGAGCCGGAGGUGCUGCUGCAGACGUAGUAGGGCAGGUGAAGGCCAAAGUGGGUAUUGAGUGGUCAGGCCCUGGAUUCUCCGUUAGAAACACUUGGCGACACGGGUCGUUUCUCACGGGAUUCCUAGGUGCCUCCUGUCUUGCUGGUCAUUGCCCUGAUCACGUCAUGCUAACUUGAAUGCCAUCUCCUCAGUCUCCUAUUUACUCACCGACCCUUUCUAUUUUUGUUACCAAACACUGUGCUCCCUACACCUCCCCGCUCCCGCCAGGCUAUGCUUCCUGAGUGAAGACUGGCAGAACGCCGGCCCGCACUGGCGAGCCCAGCGGUGUUCUGUGCUUUGGCCCAGGGCCCUGCUGCUGUCUGGCCUGCUCAGUCCUGGUGCCUGUUUGCCAGUGUCUUGUCUUUGCCAUCCUUUCUUCUUGUUCUCACCUUCUCUUUGGCACUCUUCCCUGUGAGUGUCUCCUUAACCAAGAUGCUGCUUCUAGUUGGGUGUCAUUGAGAGCUAUGGUUGCAUGUUUCCUAGCAGUGCUCAUGGGAGCGCUGACACAGUAUUGUUUCUUGGGGUCACGCGCGU